AAAUAAAAAAAAAUAUUGUAAAAAAGUGACACACACGCCAUAAUGUAAAUUUGCUUCUAGAUUUGGCGUUUGAGUUAAAAUUUUACAUUUUCAUGUUACAAAUUCGUAAAAAUGUAUAAUUAGGACAUUUAAAAUGUCUUUAGUAAAUAUUGGCUAAGUGUAUAUAAUGGCUCAGUACUACCAGAUAGUUGGACAAGGCCAUUCAUUGACUUUAGAAGACCUGCAAAGAUAUUGUCCAAAUAUAUGCUUAGAUGGGAUCAUAGUGAAUCAAGAUGAGCAGCAGUAUGCCCAACAACCUGUAAAUGUUGUGGUGCAACAAGCUGAUCAGCCUAAUGAUAUCAUAGUUAGUGAGGGUGUCCAACAACAACUAGUUGUGGGUGAUGGUUUGCAGUACCAGCAACAGUACAUCAUUCGCCAUGAGGCACCUCCACCCCCACCCCCACCACCCCGCACUGACUUCCAACAACAACAACAACAGCAGCAGCAACACCAGCAACAGGCUUUACAUAGACAUCAAGUUUACUACACAUCUGAUUUACCUGUGGAUGCUCAGGUUGUGUUGCAACAAGCUCAGCAAAUCAUUGAUGCAUCUUUGAUGCAACAGACAACUCCACAACGCCCACAACAUCAGUUGGUGAGCCCGGCUCACGUGCUGUCGCAACCGACGGUGAUCCACCCGGCGCAGCAGCCGCCGCCGCCGCCGCAGCCCCCACCCCCGCCGCCACCCCCGCCACCGCAACAUGCGCCUCAACAAACACUGCAACAACAGCCGCAGCUGCAACAGCAGUCACAAUUGCAACAGCAGUCACAACUGCAGCAGCAAUCACAACUGCAACAACAACAGCCUCAAUUGCAGCAACAACAACAAAUGCCGCGUGCGUCUCCUCAGCUCAUACACAUGCAACAACAACAGUUGCAACACCAGCUCCAGCAGCAGCAACAGCAACAACUCCAACACCAGUUGCAGCAACAACAUCAGCAACAUAUACAGCCGCAGCAAAUACAACAUCAACAAGUUGUUAUGCACGCAGCAUAUAUCAAUCAAGCUGGUACCCCCACCCGAGCGGCCCCGCCCCGGCUGCUGAACCAAGCGCUGUCUUCCCCGGGCGUGACGCUGGUCCGAACGCCCGUGCGCACGGUCCGGCCGCGGCGGCCCGCUGCCCGCCCACCGCUGCAGCCCGCGCAGUCUGGCUCGCUGCAGCUCUCCACUAGGCUACUCAACUCGCAGCACCAGCAGGUGUCCCAAGCCCAACUGGGUGCCCCAGGCGUGGUGGGCAACGGUCGCGGCGGGGCCGGCGUGGGAAUGACGCCGGGCGUGGCGGGCGCAGGACGCGGCGUGCGGCCGCCGCGGACCGCGUCCCCCCGCGUACUGAACCCGCACGCCCAACAUCAAGUGCAGCAACAUCGUCCGCCGCGCCCCAGGACUCCACUGCUACAGCAACAACAGCAGCAACAACUUCAACAGCAGCAACAACAACCGCAGCAACCCCAACACCAGCAACACCCAUUGGCUCAACAUGUUUUGAACCAACAAGUCCACCAACAACAGCUCAAUCAAAUUAAACUUUCCCCUCAUCAGCACCAAAUUCUGCUGAACCAGCAGAAUAACCCCCACGGACCACAAACACGAAUCAUCACUCAACAGGGCACUAUCGUAACGCAAACUAUGCAGGCACAGAUCUCACAGCACGCCGUCGUUCAGGGAAACCAGAACAAUGGACCUCUACCUCAGCAAAACCAACUAACUCCGAUACAGCAAAGAGCGUCGCCUCACUCCCAGCAAGUGCCGCAAGUGAAGAAGGUCGUCGUUCAACCAAACAACGCCAACGACAUGGAUGAUCUCGAAGAGAGUAUAACCGCUGCAAUAGUUUCAAAGAACCCAGUUAACGAGCAUUUAAACCAACCACAACAGUUCCAUACACCCCCACCGCAGAUGAGACAGACCCUUCCAAGUAGUUCAGUCGCUCAACACCAGGUUAACUUUAGUCCACAACAUGGUUUCAUUACCUACGAGCCGCAUUUACAACAACAUCCGCAGACCAUCGGACAACUACUGAUGGAUCCCGACCCGGAGGAAGAGAGACAGUUUGUUACUUUGACAAAUGGACAAAGAAUCACCAUGGCUGACUUCAGAAGAAUGCAGCCUCCGCGUACUCCAAAUCAACAGAAUAGGGAAACUGGGAGACAGACAUUAGUGAGGAGCAAAGAGCAACCAAGGCCUGUUCAACGAGUCCCACCUAUGCAAACACAACAAACUCCACAGCAUGAAAACGCAGAGGCACCAAGUGGGACAUCAGAACAGGCAUCGGAACCUCAAUCAGCUAAAAUGUUAAUAUUCCUUCAGAAUGGAGAACAAAGACUAAUUACAUUUACACUGCCUAAAGAAAGCUGUACACUUCAAGAAGUCCUUGAACAGUGUUUGUUCCAGGUCAAUGUUCCAUUUUCAGAAGACACAAAUAUACAAUGUAUGCAAAACACAAGUAGUGAAAUAGAUUAUUUUGUAUCUGUUGGUGCUACAGCAAGAAUUGAAGAAAUGUUAGAAAAUCACCCUAUGUUAGUUGGUGACUUAAGUAGCAGAAGUUCUCCAUCUGUGCUAUCUCAACCUCAAAGUAGUGAAAUGUCUACACCCGAGAAAUCACAGUGCCCAGAUAAUGGUUCGGAAUCUCCAGAGCAGCGGUCGCCGCCUCCUAAAUACGUUGACGGCAUGUUAGCAGUUUGCAAGUUGUGCGGCUACACAGGGUUCGAUUUUAGCCGUUGUCAAAGGUGUAAACGCGUAUUCACUGAAGAACCGAAAAGUGUACCGGCAAGUAAAAAGGCUGAUCAAAAGAAAAAAGAGCCUGAAAAAUGUUUAGUGGAUAAACCAAUUUCAUGUGGAGAGGGUAUUAAAUUGAAUUUAUUGAAAACUACAAUGAAAACAUUAAAUAAUAAGUCAACGCCUCUACAAGACAAAAAGCCACCCAGAGUGAGAAAACCAAGAGGAAAACAGCCUGACCCUGAACCAGUUAUUUUAACCCUAAGUUCUGACGAGGAGGAUUCCAACAGUUCCAUGCUUAGUAAUCAGCAUGAAAUGUCUGUGAGCAUGAAGGAGCCAUCACUGAGUGAAAUUGAAGGUGGUACUCCAGACAGCGGUAUUGGCAUGGACCAAAUGGAUGAUACUAGUAGGGACGGAAUGAAUUCUAGCUUGUUACAAUCUAUAGUAACAUCACUGAAUUGUCGGACCAUUAGGAUUGGCUCUUACAGAUAUACACCCAAAGAGAAGGUUUACAUAUCAUCAAAAGGCAUAAAAAUUGUUGCACCAUCACUGAAGAAUGAAUCGAAAGAUGUGGCACUACAGAUUCAACUGAAAGAAGUUGUUAAAAUACUGGUACAUUUUGGGAAAGGGAUGCCAGUAAUUUUUUUGUACACAAUGAACAAGUGCGGAGCCUAUAUCAGGAAAGCUUUAGAUAUGAAUGAAGAUUGUGGUCCUUAUUAUAACCCAAUGUCAAAAAAUGACCCUUUUAAAAGGAUAACACUGCUACCAGAUGUAUUAAAUGAGGAUGCUAAAACAACAUUAAAAAUGUUAUUUGGAAAAGUAAUGGACGAAUUAAAUGCUCGAGAGGCUAAUGACAUUUUGGUUAGGACAUGCUCAAAAGAGAGUAAUAAUGUCACAAAAAUGACUACACGGUCUGCAAGUGCUUCCAGUGCUUCUGGAAUUAAAAGUUCCAGUUCACCAGAAAUAAGGCAAAUCUUAAUAUACCCACCUGGCAAAGGUGGUAUACCAAUAAACACUGAAGAUUACAUGUGCCUGGCACAAGAUCAGUUUUUAAAUGAUGUCAUAAUUGACUUUUAUUUAAAACAUUUAGUUCAUGAAGUUCUCACACACAGUCAGAGAGAAAAGACUCAUAUAUUUAGUACAUUCUUUUAUAAACGAUUGACAACUAAACCCAGUAAAGUGAAUAAAAGUUCUAAUCCUCAUGAGUGGGAUAGCAGCUUAACCCCAGCUCAGAAACGUCAUGCACGUGUUAAAACGUGGACAAAGAAUGUAAACAUAUUUGAAAAAGAUUUUAUUGUAGUUCCUAUCAAUGAGAAUUGUCACUGGUUUGUGGCAAUCAUAUGUUUUCCGAGCCUAGAUGGAUGUAGAAGUAUGAUAGAUAAUCGUACAGUUACACCACAAGAAAUAAAAAAGAGAGAGCGCAGGUCAUCUAUGCAAAUCGGCAGUACAACAAUCACACCCCUAACAAAACAGGAACAACUUACAUUAAGUUGUGACUCGGAUAAUCUAAGUGAACGAGAUGAAGCAGAAGCUGAGGAAAGUGAUUUAGAUAUGCAAUGCGAUUCAGAUGAAGAAGAGAGUGAGAAACCUUUAGAAAAGAAACAAGAAGUUCAACCUACAGGAAAAACAGAGCCUAUAAAACAGCCUUGUAUAUUAAUUUUUGACUCAUUGGCUGGGGCAUCAAGAUCCCGGGUUGUUGCAACAUUACGUGACUAUCUUACUUGCGAAUACCAAGCAAAGAUUUCACCAUCAAAAAUUUUUAAUAAAGACAAUAUUAAGGGAAGCUGUCCGAAAAUACCUCAGCAAAAUAACUUUACCGAUUGUGGCUUAUAUUUAUUGCAAUAUGUUGAACAAUUUUUUAAGGAUCCUGUUAUAGAUUAUUCUUUACCUAUAAAACAAUUGGCAAAUUGGUUUGAUGAAAUAGUUGUUACUAGAAAGCGUGAAGAGAUAUCAGAUUUACUCAAGACCCUAAUGCAUAAAUAUAAUCCAGAUUCGCAUUUGACUCUUCCCGAUAUAACAUUCCCUACACUAAAUGGUAAAUUAAUAGAAACAGAAGAUCAACAAGAAGAUGGGUCAGAUGGUGAAAAGGCUAAUUCUAGUUCCAGUAAAUUAAAAACAGAAGGAAAAGAGUCUGAAGGCCCCCCUACUUUAACAUUUGUGAAGCAAAUAUCUACUGGAGAUAUACUGGUCAAAAGAAAUUUUGCAGAUUCCUCUGACACUAUACACCUGCGGAAGACAAUCAGACUUUCCAGUGAUGCUGAAAAUAGAUCUAUGGUGCAGAUCAAGCAAGAAUUUAUUAAGAAAGGUGAUAAUGAAAAUCAAAUAUUGAUACCAAUAAAAUUCGCACAGACUAGUGAUUUGGUUAAAGACAUUCAAAAUACGUUAAUAGUGAAUAAGAAUAAUAAAACUGUAAAUGAUAAGAAACAUGGUGUACACAAUCAAAAUGUAUCUAGUUUGAAUUGUAUUCGACAGAAUGUGAGUGACGGUGAUAGUAAUUCCUUUCUCAAAGCGAGAAGAAUAAAACUUGACGAUGUGAUGAAUGAAUCAAGUAAAAAGUUCAAGAAGAAUGAAUGUUGAAACAGUUGCGUUGUCUGUCUAUAUACCAUGUCUAUUAAAUUAUUAUAAUUUAAUAAUGUGUAUAGUAGUUUCAUGGACUUGUAAAUAUUAGUUAUGAUUAACAUUGUAUUUAAUACUGUACCUAUUUUAUAAAGAUAAUGUAAAGUUUAAAAUUUUACUUGUGUAUUAUAUUAGUGCCCACAAUAAAAAAGUACUUGCUA